UGGGGCAGCCUCGACCUUCAAAAAUGGCUGACCAUGAACUGCGGCAACUGCUGAUAGCGAAGAACGUAGAGUCCCUGCACCGUCCGUCAACCAUCAACGGCCAAGCUGCCGCCGCAACCUUCCACGCUGUACGGGGUGACACAGUCCUCAUCACCGUCGCCGUCGACAACCCCCUCCUCACCAGGAGCGUCGCCAUCCAAUGGCACGGCACCGGCGACGCCGGCACGCCGGCAGCGGAGUGCCACACCUUGACGUACAACUUCGUGGCGGACCGGCCGGGCACGUUUACCUUCCGCGCGCGCUACGGCCGCAACCGCCCCGCAUACUUCACCGACGCGCAGGGACGCGAGGCCUGGCCGUCCACCAGCGAGCACGCACGCACGGACGCCGGACAUCAUGUCCGUGUGCCACGCAGCCAUACGGGGCCUUCCUCCCGCCGGCGAACGGGCACCGCUCCUCGGGAAGACGAGGGGCGCACCGCCAACCAAGAACUCGUCUACGUCCGCGGCGGUUGGGGCCAUGCGUGCGUCGAAGCACAACUCAUGGCCGGUAACACUACCAUCUACCUCAACGAUGAAGGCCCGGUCCGGCGGCUCCUCCGGUUGUCCGCUGUCGGAUUGACGGCCGCGGCCGUGUGGGUUUCUGGUUUAUGCGGCGGGCGGCAUGACCCAGCUAUGCGCCGGCGAGGAGACCGUCCGUUAGUCGCAAGGUUUGUAGGUCGAGCAAGUCCUCAUGUCUCACGGGCUCCCAGCUUGCCGCAACCGAAUUGAGUCAGUAUUGUCAAAAAAAAUUCCACUGUAAUUUAACAUUCUGUAGUUUCAUGGGCUCCCAGCUUGCCGCAACCGAAUUGAGUCAGUAUUGUCAAAAGAGUUCCCACUGUAAUUUAACAUUCUGUAGUUGUUUCUAUGAAAAUA